UUACAGCUGAGGAAGUCUUACGGAAAUGUCUACAGUCUGUUCCUCGGCCGUAAACCGAUUGUAGUCAUCAAUGGGGUGAAGGCCAUGAAGGAGGCUAUGGUGAGCAAGGCUGCUGAAUUUGCUGGACGACCUCAAGAUAUGCUUAUUAAUGAUGUCACCCAGAGAAAAGGAUUGUUUUCUGUAGAUUAUGGCGCAAGCUGGAAGGAGCACCGUCGCUUUUCUCUGAUGACAAUGAGGAACUUUGGUCUGGGGAAGAAAUCAAUGGAGGAGAGAAUUCAUGGCGAGAUUCAAUACACCAUGAAAAUGCUGGAUAAAAAUAUUGGCAAAACUCUGACUCCUCAAGUUAUGUUUCAUAACGUGGCCUCUAACAUCAUGUGCCAGGUUGUCUUUGGUACACACUAUGAGUAUGACGAUGAGUUCAUCACAACGAUUGUUCAGAGUACCACUGAGAUUACCAAGAUCUGCAAUGGACCAUGGGCGAUGCUGUACAGCUCUCUUCCCUUUAUUCGUAAGCUGCCACUGCCAUUCAACAAGGCCUUUAAGGCAGUUAAGCGCCGCCCCGAGCCCCCGGGCAACACCCCCGCACAGCACCCGCCGCGGGCACCGGGAGACGGCCGAGACGCAUUGCGACCCAGCAGAGACCCGGGGGACAGCGCCCGAUCCAGAUGGCCGCCAGGCCACCGCAAGCGCCAAGGGAACCACGGGAGGCCAACGACACCACACAAAGCGGCCACCCCCAUGAAGAGAACACGACAGGCGACCCAGCCCGACCGGGUGCCAGACCCAGACGACCGCCGGGCCGCCACCCACGACAUUUUUAGUCGCAGAUGGCGACCCGGCGGGCGCCCAAACCAGGCACCCGACCGAGCCGAACCGCCCACCAUGCCCCCCACAGAAGCAGCCACCCCGCAGGACGCCACCAGCCCCCCACGACCCCCGGCCCCCGAGGCGACCCGGCGCCCGCCCAAACCGAGCGCCGCCCGGGGAACAAGGCCAACCACGUCGAGCCACAGGGGACAGCACCUGGAAGAUUAG